GCUAGCUGUGAAUAACUAAACCGGUGAUCGAAAUUAUGGGUUCGAGUAAAUGCUUGGAUGCCUCUGCAAGGAACAAGGAACGGCUGAGGUGGACGCAGGAGCUACACCAUAUGUUCGUCGAGGCAGUUACCAAGCUUGGCGGCCCUGAUAGGGCAACACCAAAGGGAAUUCUGAAGGCUAUGGGGGUUUCUGAACUGACCAUCUACCAUAUCAAAAGCCAUUUGCAGAAGUACAGGAUCUCAAAGUUUGUGCCAGAGACUACCAGUAAAGCAGGCAAUCUUCAGAGGAAGAACAUUUCAGAAAUAUUUCCAAAUUUCAGCACAACAUCUGCUGCUCAGCUCAAUGAAGCGUUAAAUCUUAUGCAUGUACAAGUACAAAGAAGAUUGAACGAUCAGCUUGAGGUGCACAAGAGCUUGAAGCAAAAAUUUAAAGCCCAGGGAAGAUUUAUGGAUACUGUUUCAGCAUAUAGGAGUCGCAAUGAUAACCGUGCGAUCAUUCCGAAACCUAUCAAACCAACGUCUCGAAAAUCGUUGCCUUCUCUCUGUGAGGAAUCAGAGUUAAAUGGUAAAAAGCAGUUCGGGACAUCUGACUCGGACGCUGAGAAACCUCAGAUUCAAUCCUCUAGAGAAGAAUUUCAAGCUUUGAAGAAGCAAAGGGUAGAAAACCAAAACGACGACAACAUGGCGUGGAACUUCCAUAUCCUUGACGAUCAAACAGCCAAUAUAUCAUCAUAUCCUGCAGUGUCAUAUGAUCAGAUCAGCUUUCCUUGGCACUUUGGAGGCUGCACAUCGCCUUUAGUCCCCAGCUUCCUAUAAAUAAAUUUUGGGAAUGAGUAUUGUCUUUUUUGAUGAGUUCCAUAUGCAUGUUUUGCUAAAACAAAAGGAAUAUUUUUUUUGCUUCCAUUUUUUUUUAGUUCACUGUGGAAGCAAUACAAAUAUGUCCCUAUAGCAGUACUGUACGUUAUAGUAAUUAGUUGAUGUUUCACGAUAAUUUCAGUCAUCAGCUUCUUGGC